UUUCCAUGUUCAUAAAUACUCUGAGCUGCCUUUUCUCGUCCGCUCUCUUACCCCAGAGAAGGUAGACCACUGUUGGCUCGUUUAAUUCUCUGCAAACCCGCUAAAAAAAGAAAAAAUCGCAAUCAUGAGCAGGAAAUUCUUCGUUGGUGGAAACUGGAAGUUGAACGGCGACAAGAAGAGCCUCGGCGAGCUGGCGCAGACCAUGAACGCAGCCAAGGUGGACCCCAAUGUCGAGGUGGUGUGUGGGGCUCCUUCAAUCUACCUGGACUUCGCCAGGUCCAAGCUGGACCCCAAGUUCGGCGUUGCUGCUCAGAACUGCUACAAAGUUGCCAAGGGUGCCUUCACUGGGGAGAUCAGCCCUGCGAUGAUCAAGGACUGUGGAGUGAACUGGGUGAUCCUGGGACACUCUGAGAGGCGCCACGUCUUCGGAGAGAGUGAUGAGCUCAUCGGUCAGAAGACAGCCCACGCUCUGGAGAGUGGUCUCGGUGUCAUCGCCUGCAUCGGCGAGAAGCUGGACGAGAGAGAGGGCGGCAUCACCGAGAAGGUCGUCUUCGCUCAGACCAAGGUCAUCGCAGACAAUGUCAAGGACUGGAGCAAGGUCGUGCUCGCGUACGAGCCUGUGUGGGCCAUUGGCACCGGCAAGACCGCUUCCCCACAGCAGGCUCAGGAAGUUCAUGACAAGCUGAGGGGGUGGAUGAAGACCAACGUGUCCGAGGCUGUAGCCAACUCCGUGAGGAUCAUCUAUGGAGGCUCUGUGACCGGUGCUACCUGCAAAGAACUUGCCUCCCAAAAGGAUGUCGACGGGUUCCUUGUCGGCGGAGCCUCCCUCAAGCCAGAGUUUAUCGAAAUCAUCAACGCUAAGGCAUAAAAAAAAAAAACAGGCAGCUGUAAUGUGACCACGUCUAGAUCAGAGGCCAGCUCCAUUCAGAAGACCAGUUCCAUCAUCCCUCACUCUCAGCACUUAGUCCUCUACCCCUUUAUAUUCAAAAAGUAUUUGUGUAAUUAUGUCAUUCCCUCGUUUUCCUUUAUUUUUCUGUUUUGAAAUAUAUUUCAUCAUGAAGAAAAGGGACAGGUUGACACACGCACUGUACCGCACUGAAAAAAAGAGUUAUGUCCACUGAGAAUAGUCUAUGUGCAAAACUAACUUCCACACCAAGUGCUCAAGCUAUAAAGACCUACAUUUACACCUUGAGGUGGACAGCCAGUCCACGCCUUUACUUGAAGAGUUUACCAACUUUUUUUGUGUAGACAGUGUCACAGCUCUUUGUCAAUCAGUUUUAUUUUGUCUUUCUAAUAUUAAAAGUCUUUUGUGUAAUUAUGAUGUUCUGUGGCUUUUACCUCCCUGUAGAUGUGCAUGAUCCUCUCUUUCAUUGGCUGUUUAAGCCAAGAGGGAAGCGUCCAUUUCAUGUUAAUCAUAUUGUGUCAUGGCUGAUGGGUAUAAGGGUGCAAGGCUGUAAGGAAACAAACUAAUAAACCGUUUAGAGACUG